UUUGUCUGUCUUUCCUCAGAAAUGGAAGCAGCUACGUCUACCUUUCAACAUUCCUACGGCCCUCGGGGUCCAAACCCACCAUUUGGAGCUCAGCAGGUUCCCCAGGGUCCCCACCAGCCGGCUGCGGGGCCCUCAGCAGCUCCACGUCCUGAGGAGCAGCACCACAAGCCUUUCUUCUACAUCCAACCCUCGCAGCCGUACAUGCCCGUGCAGAGUGUGCAGUGGCCGGUGCCCAUGCCCAUGCCAAUGUCCUACAACCCGUACUGUGGGUACCCGGGUUUAGGUUACAGUAUGCCAGUGAUGCCCCACUAUCAGCAAAAUCCGUACAUGGAGCCCCCUGGCUUCGUUGUCCCUCAUACCCACCUCCACCUAAUGGACUACAGACGCCUGCUGAACCCUCAGUAUUAUCAGACCAUGGCCUACCACUCCCGCAGGUUCCGCUACCAGCACAACAGCCACACCAGAGAAAUGACCAGCUCCGAGGUUCAAACUGAGCCGCUGUCUGCCACCCAGAGGACCAGCACUCCUAGUCCAAGUGACGCCGAGGCCUCCAGCGGUCCCCCAGUCUGCAGCCCCGAUAUCCCAAAGAGUCAGCCGCUUCCACCAACUUCAGCUGUGCAGAAUCAUGUUCUGGAGCUAAAGGACACGGUGCCAUCAUCCACCACUACCAGGACGCUGCCGAACGGCAGCUUCGUGAUUCAGACGGAGGAGGUGCGGAUUGAAUGUUGCACCACGCCAGUGGGGCUGCAGCUCCUGCACUCCCGUGAGACCGCAGAAGUGUCCCACAGCUUCUCCCAAGAUGCGGUCCAGUGCAGCAGCUCCGUCCUCCAGGGUCGCGUGCUGCAGGACGAGGGACUGUGUCAAGACCAGUUGGAGCAGGCACGCCAGGCUUGUCCUGACAUCCUGUUAGUCGGGACACCGAGCAACGGGGAGAAGAUCGCUGCAGCUCUGGAGGAGUCGGACCCUGUGACUGGCGCCUCAGACGACGUUGGAUCCCAGAUUGUGCCUCAUGAUGGCGUUCAGGAGACGAAUGGAGAUAAAGAUCCGAGUACGACAUCCAAGAAUGUCCAUUUCAAAGUCGUCCGCCUGCCGUUUGACCCUAAGUAUCUGGACGAGCUUUGGAAGAUGGAAUCGACCGUCUGGUCCAUAGAGGAAGCUGUCAUUCCUUCACCUGACUCGCUGAUCCAAAAUGGUCUCACAGAUUCGCCUGAUGAAACCCACGCUGCUGUAGCUGAAGUGCCAUCACCAGGAGGAGAAGAGGCUCCUACAGAGGACGUUGUCCCCAUGAUUGAGAUGCCUCCUCUGGUAGAGGACGAAAUGGACGAUUUAGUCCCCACUAUGGAGCCACCUGCUGAUGAGAUGGUGUCUGAGACUGAUAUGAGCCCAGCAAUGGAUGUUCGUGUUGCAGAGGAAUCUACGCACACGGAAGCCCCAAAUUUGUUGGAUAAUUCGCCUCUGAAGGCAGAUAGAAACCAACAUAGACGAGAAAUGAACAUCCUGGAUCAACAGGACACUUCCUUUGAAUCACUGCCAGCCUACCUCCCCUCAACCAGCUGGCUCACAGACUUCGAUAACGUCUACUAUUGCAAGAAGCUGCCGCCGACUCCCAAAAAGCAGAGCAGACCUCAAAGCAGCCGUGUGUUAGAUGUGCCGACCAGAAGACGAAAAUUAGACCUAGACUACAAAGAACAACCUACAGUCCGCAAGCCGAAAGAAAGGUACAAACCCAAAGGGAAGGUGGAUCGGAGGAGCCUCUCCGACCACGAAUGCUGCGUUAACAGAAGUUUUAAUGAGAAUACAUUUGGUUCUUUUGCGUCCAAGAGACUUUGCUCCAGAUGUCUGGCGAAGAACGACAUCUGCAUUUCACUCGAUGGUCGCACCUUGAAAAGAAAAGCGGUCCCUUUCCAACAGUGGAACGACUUACCAACGUGUGAAGCCUGCAGAGCUCACUCAAAGAAACGACUCAUGAGAAAAGGCCCAGAUGUCUGCGGCCUUCAUCACGACACCGAAGGAGAGUCGUCUGAGAACGGCUCCUGUCGCUUGGGCUCAAAAUGGAGGCCGGCAGAUCAUUCCAGGAAACUCAACGAUCUCAAGAAGCCACUGGCGUCAAAGCAGAACGUGGAUAAAUGUCCCGCAGCGAUGUACUCGAAGCUGAAAGAGAAGAGCUGUGCGUGCAAUGAGCCGCAGCGUCAGACAUGGGAGAGGCUGCACCACUGUCCCCACGGCAACGCCAUCCGAGAAAUGGAUGAAAAUUGCGCCGUGCCGGUUUCCCUCCAGGACAAGUGCAGGAUAAUGGACCAGAUUUACCUGAAACACAGAUGGCAAACUGAGAAAUCCUGGAAAGCAGUGAUUCCUAACGCUGACAGCGACGGCUCCAAGAACGAAGCCAGAUCACCUCAUUUUAAUAAACACAAGAAAUCACAGCCACAAUCACAAGGAACUCGUAGAAAAGACACACGAUGCUGAUUUGCACAAGAGCACAAUUCAACAAAGUGAAAAACGCACUUUUUUA